AUGACAAUAAAACCUAAACACAUUAAGAAUAGAAUUAUUAUUAAACAAAAUAAUAUAUCAACAUAUAAUAACCAUUUUAAUAAUUUAGGUGAUGAAUAAUAAACUAAUUAAGAUUUGACAAUUAAAAAAAGAGAUUUAGUUAAAAAACUACUAUAAAAAACGAUUUAAAGUUAAAAUAGCUUUAAUUCUAAUUAUCAUGAUAUAUAAUAAUAAUCUGUAAAAUAUUCAGGAGAUUAUUUGGAAUAACCAUCAAAUAUUUUAAUUACUAACUAGUAUACAAAUUUUAUGAAUAACUAAUCAUAAAAUUAAUAAAUUGAUAUUGAAUAAAAAUUAAAAUAUAAAGGCUAUCGCAUAGGUUAAUUUAUAGCAAAAGGUACUUUUGGAUAAGUUUAUGAUGGAAAAAUAAUUGCAUAAAAUGAGAAGCAAGAAAAAGAAUGUGUCUUUAAAGUAUUAAUUCAUUAAAACGAUAAGUAGUCAUAGGAUAUAGAGUAAGAAGUUUAAAUUAUGAAAAAAUUUGAAAAAAAUAUUAAUUUUUUAUAGAUUAUCGAUCAUUUGAAAAUAGAUAUAGGUAUAGAUGUUAUUGUUAUAGAAAAAUGCAAGUACACUCUUCAGCAAUAAUUAAAAGAUUUAUAAUAAGGUGGAUUCACAUUUUUAUUGCUUCUUUAAAUUAUAUUUAACCUUCUUGAUGGAUUGAUUUUACUCAAAGCACAUAAGAUUCUUCACAGUGAUAUUAAGCCUGCAAAUAUCUUAGUCAAACAGGAAGGGAUUCAUGUUUAUGCUGAUUUUGGUAUAUCUGUAGCAAUAAAUGAAUCUGAAAAUGAAGUCAAAAUAAAAGGAUAUACUAAAAACUAUGCACCUAAGGAAUUAAUAUUAAAUAAUAACUAAAAGGCUGGGAAUUGGUCAGACACAUUUUCUCUAGGCAAAACAUUUCAAGAAGUACUUCAAGUAUACUAAUAGAUAAAUGGGUAGGAGAUAAAAGAAUUUAAUGAAUUCGUUAAUUAGAUGACUGAAGAUGAUAUAAAUAAAAGACCAGAUUGCUUAAAGAUUCAUGAAAUGUUUUUUAGCUAUGUUUUAAAUUUAAAAGAAAAUUUUAAAGAUAAAUACGAAUUUUAUAAGCUGUACACAAACAAAAUAUAACAAUUGUUACUUUUAUUUGCUUUUGAUGAAAAUAAAGAUAGAUAGUUCUACUCUGAUGUUUAGAUAUAUUACAAUAAACUGUUACUUACCUUUUACUUAAAUAUGGAUGACACAAAUUAGCCUUGCAAUCGACCAGGACUAGCAACCUUAUAUUAUAACCUUGGAAAUUGUUAUUUUGAAUAAAGAAAACCCAAAGAAGCAUUAAAAUAUUUUUAAUUUUCUCUUAAAAUAAGGAAAAAAAUAUUUAAAUAUGAUCAUAUUGAUAUUGCUAACACUUUAGUAAAAAUAGCUAAAUGCUAAUUUGCAAAUAAUAACAAUCAAAAAGCUUUAAAUUUUUCAUAAAGAGCUUUGAUUAUGAGAUAAAAACUUUUUAAAAAUAGCAAUCACCCUUACAUCGCUGAUUCUCUUAAUGAUUUAGGGUUGCGCUAUUAAAAUUUAGGGGACAAUAAAAAAGCGAGAGAUAAUAUUUAAAAAUCUGUAAAUAUGUCAGAAUCAAUCCAUCAAAGUGAUAAUGAAAAUACAGCAAUUUAUCUCAACAGUCUUGCAAUUAUUUAAUAAAAUAAUGGAGAAUAUCAAAUAGCAAAAAAUAAUCUUGAAAGAGCUAAUGAAAUGCUAGUAAAAUUGGGGAAAAAAAAACUUCCUUUUUUCUCACUCAUAAUUUAAAACAUUGGAAACUUAUAUAAUUUUUUAGGAGAUUACUAGAAAGCCGAAAAAUAUUUAUCAGAUUCUCUUGAUCUAAGAAAAUAAAUAUUUAAAGAAGACCAUUAAGAUAUUGCUACAAAUAUGAAUUACAUUGGUGAUAGCUACUUAGGUUUAGGAGAUUACUAAAAAGCUUUAGAAUUCUAUUUGAAAUCUCUAAGGAUAAGAUAGAAAUUAUUUAAUGAAAACCAUAACUCUAUUGCAACUUCUCUUAAUAGUGUUGGAAACUGUUAUCUGAAGUUAAAAAACUACAAAUAAGCAUAGAAAAAUUUAUUUUAGUCUCUAAAUAUGAGAUAAAAUUGUAAAGAAAUAAACCCUCUUCAUAUUGCAAUUUCUCUCAAUUAAAUUGGAGAGUUUUACUAUGAACUCAAAGAUUAUAAAAUUGCAUUAGAAUAUUAUCAAGAAUCUCUUGCUGUUGCUAAAAAAGCACUCAGAUAAAAUCAUCCUCACUUUGCAAAGUAUUUUUAUAAUUUAGCCCUUUGCUAUUAAUAGCUAGGAUAGGAUUUUAAAUCUAAUUCAUAUUAUAAAAAGAAUUAUAAACAUCUCCUUAUUUAUAAUUCUAUUUGA